AGACGUGAGUCAAGGUAUUGUCACUGUCAACGUCAACCAGAGUUCCAAAUCCGAAUGUUUGGAUUUUAAUCUAACCUUAUUUCAAAGAGGUGAAACUGGUGAAAGCAGAAAGAGGUCUUGAAAGGGUCUCGGUGCACAGCUCCACUGUUUACUUUUCUACAUCAGGAACCACUGAAAAAAUAAGACUAGUUGAUAGUAUUGUUAUUGAUCGUUUAGUAGGAAAUGGACGAUUUUACAUGUCCAAGAUGUCGAACAUCAAAAUUUCAAAAUCCUUCAUUGAAAAUGAUGGUAAAUGUUUGUGGACAUGGAUUAUGUGAAAGUUGUGUUGAUCUACUGUUUUUGAAAGGAUCGGGUUCUUGCCCAGAAUGCAAAAUACCAUUACGCAGGAACAAUUUCAGAGUCCAACUGUUUGAAGAUGCUACUGUAGAGAAGGAAGUUGAUAUUAGAAAAAGAGUAUUGAGAGACUUCAAUAAAAAAUAUGAAGACUUCAAUUCUUUAAGGGAAUAUAAUGACUAUUUAGAAGAAGUUGAAUCCAUAAUUUAUAAUUUAUCCAAUGACAUAGAUGUUGUCAAUACCAAUAAAAAAAUUGAACAGUACAAGAAAGACAAUAGGGAACAAAUAUUGAAAAGUAAGGGUAAAAUAGGAAGGGAUGAAUAUGAGUUAGAGGAGGUGUUAGAACUAGAGAAGCAAAUGGAAGAGGCUCGAAAGAAAGAAAUACACUUGGAAGUAUUAGAGGCAAAAAAGAAGAAAAUUAGGGAAAAGGAAGCCCUUAUUGAUGAACUAAUGUUUUCAAAUGCAGAUGCCAAAAAUAUCUUAGACACUUUUACUCAACUUGCACAACAAGCAAAGGAAGAAGAAGUUAAAAAACCUCCACCAAAAGUUACUCAAUUUUCCACUGGAAUACAGUUUGGCAGGCAACCUCAGUCAACAUUUAUACCUGUGCCCACAGAUGAGGGUCCUUUGUAUUCUUAUAAAGCACUUGAUUUUCCUCCUGAUGGGCCCAAGCCCCCUACUCUUAGAGAUAUACUGGAGAAAGGUUUUAUUAGCCAUGUUAGGAGUGAAACUGAACAAGAAAGAGCAGGUGGCUUCAAGUCAAAUAUAGCUUGUUCUAGGGCAUUACAAGAUGCAAUGAUGGGUUUAUUUUAUAGUAAGAAGUCUGUUGUUUGAGUGGGAAUUAUUCAUUUAUUUAUUGUUAAUAAAUAUUUUUCUAC